CGAAGUUAGAAAGCGGGAGGACGAGGAGGAGGUAAACUUCCCCCUUGCGCUACCUCUCUCUCUCCCCCUCUUAAUGUGCUUCGGAUCUAGGGUUUUGCGCUCGAAUCGAUUAGGGUUUCUCCGCCUUCGGUUCUGAUCUGGCCUACCAUUUCGCCCCUUCCCUCUUUGCGACCAGAUCUGGAGGUUUCGCGGACGGAGUUUGGGUUCUUCUGUCCUACCCCUGUAUUUCUUGUUGGUUUUCUUUUGAACGAGUUUUUCUUGGGUUUUGCGAAGUUGGAAGAGAUGGCGGGAAAGGGAGGGAAGGGGCUCCUUGCGGCGAAGACGACGGCGGCGAACAAGGACAAGGACAAGAAGAAGCCGGUAUCCCGGUCUGCCCGAGCCGGUUUGCAGUUUCCUGUUGGCCGUAUCCAUCGGCAAUUGAAGUUGAGGAUUCAAGCAAAUGGUCGGGUUGGAGCAACUGCAGCUGUCUACUCAGCAGCAAUAUUGGAGUACUUGACAGCAGAAGUGUUGGAGCUUGCUGGGAACGCGAGCAAGGAUCUCAAGGUGAAGCGUAUCACUCCACGCCACCUUCAGCUAGCCAUUCGAGGAGAUGAGGAGCUUGAUACUCUCAUUAAGGGCACUAUUGCUGGUGGUGGAGUCAUCCCCCACAUUCACAAGUCCCUCAUUAACAAGUCUUCGAAAGAGUGACUGUGUCAUUUUCGUUGGAUGGAUUUGCAGUUAGUGGAUACGUGUGCUUCGUUAGAUCAGUGAUUUUGUUGUUUCAAUUGUGAAACCUAAAGUGGAUUAUUUGAGCAAAACGAUGACUGUCUUCCUACUAGAUUUUCUGGGAUUAGCCGCCAGUGUCAAGACUUUUGUUUAGCUUUAAUAUUUAUUUAGCAUAUAUGCUAACAUCAA